GAUUUUGACAAGCUGGCAACUAAUGCAGUGUCUCAGCACUUUGAGGAGAUAAACUCCAUUUUGUUUGAGGGUCAAAAGGAAAACUUGACCCAACAUGCUGAUGUUGCCAGGGAGUGUCAGGAAUGGAGUUCUCAGUUUCCACAUCUCAGGGUUCUGGGUAAACAAGCAUGCACUCCCAAAGACACAGGUUUCUACCAUGUGUCAUCACCUCAGGGUUCUAGACCCACCUCUUCUAGCAUGGCUCUGGUAGCUUCAGACACUGGUAGCUCUAGCUCAGAUUCUCAGGGACUCUGCAUUACGGGUAAGCAUGUUUCACCGGUGCAGGCGCCAAUUGCCUCUCUAUCAGGAAGUGAUUGGGAUUCUUCACCCUACUCCUUCCUAGUGGAGGAAGUUAUAGAGGAGGAUGGUGUUUAUGAAGAUGUCAUUGCAGUGGACUAUAAAAACAU